UUCAAAGUUUUUUUACUUCGAAUCCUUUACUCGAGUUUAGUAAAUAUGCCCCCAUGGGUUAUUAAGGGGCACAUUGAUUUCAACCUAAACUAUUCCCACUUUAGGAAUGUGUUCUGCUGUUUCAACUCAGCUCAUCUACUUCUCUUUCUCUACCACACAUCUUUGUUCUGGUUAAUAUUCAGAACCCAAGGCAAUUUAGCAUGACAUUUUCCCAGCUAAGCAGUUCUCUGAGGGCAUAUUCCAAUCCCUAUCAAAGCCAAAACAUUACAUCAACAAAUCAUGUUGGUACAAAUGUCUUUGUUAGAGCUUUGAAUAAGAGUUUUCAUUUGCAUUGUUUUCAACCACAAUAUUUUUUGUUGGUUAAGACACAAGUUUUAGCCAAGUGAUAGCCUGAUUUGAUGACUGGAGGAAAAAAUAUUAACACCAUUAUACAGUGACUAGUCAAAGGAGUUGCGUCUUUGUCAAUACUUGGAUGAGUUUCUUUCUAUGUCCAGCUGAAUAGGAUCUGAGAAGGAUGGCCUACAAGGUUUCCUCUAUUGUGCUCCUUGCUCUUUUCUCAGUAGGAUUUGGUCAACCAAAUCUCUAUUCUAUUCGUGUUCCAAAUGGAGGUCGAUGGGGCAGCUGGGGUCGAGAAGAAAUGUGCCCUCAAGGAUAUGUGGCCACGGGCUUCUCGUUAAAGGCUGAAUCUCCACAGGGACCAAAUGAUGAUACUGCAUUAAAUGGCAUCCGCCUGCACUGCUUUCCCUACAAACAGAUUUAUUUUGAACGGACAGUGACCUCCACACAAGGACCGCAUGGGAACUGGUCACCCACUAGAAUGUGUCCGUUUGGCUAUCUCACUUCCUUCUCCUUGAGAGUGGAACCAUCCCAGGGACGUGGGGAUGACACAGCUGCAAACAAUAUCAAGUUUAAGUGCUCAAACAGCCAUGAACUUGAAGGAUCUGGACUGAUAUGGGGAUCAUACGGACCUUGGAGUCCAUCUUGCCAAUAUGGGAUCUGUGGGCUGAAGACCAAGGUAGAAGGGUCACAAGGAAAAGAAGAUGACACAGCCCUCAAUGAUGUCCAGUUCUUUUGCUGUGACUGUGUAUGUGCUAAUGGCAUCUAAUAAAGGAUGGGGUUUUUUUUUAUUGGGGGAAUAAUUGGUGAAGAAAUUCAUGUGUAAGGGGGGACACCCCUUUUUUACAUAUCUGUUAUCACAAUGCCAUGUUAUAAUUAAACCAUAAGCA